AUGCAUACGGAAUUAUACGGUUUCGUCGUCAACCGAUGCGGCGGAAUAUUUUUCGUGGCGUUCGAAGAUGGUUGUGAAGGGCUUAUCGGAGACUCGAAGACCCCCGCCAGGGAACUACUGAAAGUGGGCGACUUUUUGCGGUGCGAGGCUGGCGCCCCGGAGUAUGCGCAUGAAAGCACCUCGGCGACGACGCAACGCAGACAGAUCUACCAAUAUCAGAAGCAGCCGCAUGCGGCCUCAUUUGGGCUGCUGGAAGUGGCUGAAAAAGGGAUGGCUGUGCUGAAAUGCCGCUGUCAUCUUGACAGCAUUGGCGGGACAUCGCGCAACCGGUACCCCGUGUUUACCAAUCGCCAUAUGCACGAGAUUCACGAUAUUGAUUCCAGGACGCCUCCGGCAAAAUCUCUCUCUACCCCCGAAAAAUUCUGGGACACCGAAUUCUUGGUGGCCGUCGUCCGGACGCGAAUUCCGGGGCGUAACGGCGAGAGUGGCUGGAUUGUCCGGGAGCUUUUAGGCAGCCGAUCGACACGGCAAGACGCGGUCACCGAUGAUGGGCGGCGCAUUGGGCCAACCUGGGACGGGAUCAUCGAGGGCGAUUCGGGAAGAGUUGCGCCUGAGACAGAAAUCCGCCCUCUAAUUCCGGAGCUUGAAAGUUACCGGUCGCCCGAAAAAUUGAAAACCCGGCAAUAUGACGGCCGUGAUGAUGAGGCCUCUACCAGCUCGAUUAACUCACGCAUUUCCGGCAGGAUUCGUAAAUCUCGCCAAGCAACUGCAGAAUUAUCUCGAGUUCCGCUUGGCUCGAUACGGCCGAGCCCGAAGUUACCGGAGGUGAACGUAAGGACCCGAGGACAACCCGAAGCCCGAGACGAGCCGGGCACCUCCGAAACACCGCGUUCGCCUGCGAAAACUUCUUCAAAACAACGGAUUCGUGGUGUCUGCGUGAAGACAUGGGGCCACUACCGUAUCUUAUGGCUGUACGACGGGCGAAUGGCAGUGUACGACAGUCGUGAAUGGCCUCAUCAAGGAGAGCUAGGGGUGCAACUGGGUCGAUUCUAUGAGGUUUUCGUCGCCGAGUUGGACGCUCCUGUUCUCGAUAAGAAGCUGAGUUACGGUUGGAAAAUUACCGAUUUCCAGGCGAUUCCGGAUAUUCAUCAACCGAUUGUUGAUGACAAAAAGGCAAAUUUCCGUUGCCGCAAUCUCGUAUUCACCAGCUACCGGCAGGAAGCGAACAAAAGGGUACCGAUCCUGCACGAUGAAUUUUUCGGGGAAAUUCCUGAUCGAAAUGAAAUUCUAGCGGACCCUGCGCCCGGUGAUAAAUUCCAUGUCGUAAUCAGAGCCGUACCAAAAUCGGAAUCCGGAUUGGAAUGGAUCAUACAUUCCGAUUUUAUCGAAGAAGAGAGACCCUCUGUGGCGGUGGUUCCACCUUUUGAUCAGAUGAGGCGGAAUUCGUUCUUUAGGGAAUCGACUACACUACCGUACGAUCAACGCUCAGUAUCGUCGUCACGCACUAACGAUGAGUUGUCCCGUAUCAAUGAUUCUCGUUCAACACCGAAAAACGAAGCGCAAUCGAUCGCCGGAUUUACGGAAAAUUUCGAGCUGCCCUUCGACGAGAGCACCCACCGAGAGCCGGAAGUUGCCGAUAAAUACUUGGCGCUUGCCGAUCUGAUGCUAAAA